AUGCCUUUAAACUACGACUCCCAUCAUCCUCCACUGCUUCUCGCUGAUGUUUGGAAACCGGCUUUAGCUUGGCUCAGCACAAAAGUGCUAAACAUGGACGUGACCGCUGCACGUCGCACCUCCCUUUGCGAUAUCGGCUUGUGGGCGGACCGCACCGCCCUUCACGAGGCGGCGUCCCACGGCAGAGCCCUGCAGCUGAAGCAGCUGAUCGAGAGCGGAGCGUCGGUCAACACGGUGACGGUGGAUAACGUCACGCCGCUCCACGACGCCUGCCUGCAAGCUCACCCCCACUGCGCCCGCCUGCUGCUGGAGGCCGGAGCCCAGGUGGACAUAAGGACCGUCCAUGGCAGCACUGCCCUGUGCAACGCCUGUGCCUCUGGCAGCCUGGAAUGUGCCAGGCUGCUGUUGGAGCACGGAGCCACCGUGAACCCAUCCCUCACAGCUCUCACAGCUUCACCACUGCAUGAAGCCUGCAUUCAAGGUAACGUCAAAGUCGUGAGGCUGAUGAUCGACAGCGGCGCUCGACUGGAGGCGUUUGACGUGUACUUAGGCCCACCUCUUCACGCCGCAUGUGCUAAAGCACACAUGGAUUGUGUCAGGGAACUGCUCUGUGCAGGUGCCAAUGUGAAUUCGGUGAAGUUCCAUGAGACAGCUUUGCAUCACGCAGCGCGGCUCAACGCCGUGCACAUGAUCGAGCUUUUGGUGGAGUUUGGAGCCAAUGUGAACAGCAGCGACAACCUGGGGAAAAAGCCAGUGGACUAUGCAUCCCCCGUGUCUCCCUCUUACGCCUGCCUUCGAUUUUAUGAGAGCAAUCCGCUGAGACUGCAGCAGCUCUGUAGAAUCAGCGUGAGGAGGACGCUCGGUGCCCGGGCCUCAAAGGCUAUAGAUCAGCUCAACAUUCCCAGCUGCAUCCACAGCUACCUCCAAUACUGGGACCCUCCCACUUCACCAGAGUGACACAGUUCUGCACAUUUAAAAGAAUCGUUUUGACAGUAACGUAUCCGGUUAGCUUUCAUAACAUUUUACCCUCCGUCAUGUGAACCGGGAUGUCAUCAUUGAAAAUAAACCCAAUUUACACUCUU